AUGGGAAGACGUGUGACGUGUUACUAUGAGACCCCGUCUCGUACUAAAGUUCCUUCUUCAAACUCAACCAAAACCUGGGUUUGCAACUUUGAAGAGUCAGGUUCGGCUUUGACAAAAACCCCAUGUGAACGUGUUAUAUCUGUACGUUUCCCAGAAAAAGUUGAUGCUGUGCAGGCUGCAAUGGUGGAGCGGUAUGUGAACCAGUGGAAGGAGAUCUCAAGUGGAUACGGAGCAAUCUUGGACUCAGAGACAUCUCUCGAAAGAGAGCGACUUCGAUUCCUGGUUUUCGCAGAAGUGCACUUGCACACAGCGCGCCAACGAGUCUGGGCCCCCGCCUACAAGUCGUUCGUGGCGAAGCGCGGGUGGCCGCUGGCGGACCGCUACAGCUCGCUGGUGCAGCGCCUGGUGGACGGCGGGGUGGUGCGCUUGCUGGCCGACAGGGCGAACAGAGCGCUGCUGCGCUUCCACCGCCAAGCCACGGCCUUCUACUCGCCGCCGGCGGGGCCCGUCGAGCUGUCCAUGCGCCACUUCGCUGACGCCUUCGUGGCGCUGGCGUGCGGGCUGGCGGCGGCGACGGCCGCCCUGGCGGCGGAGGUGGCGCGCCGCCCGCCCGCGGUGCGCCCGCGCGUCGCCCGG